AGCAUUUCAUUUCUUCCCAGCCGACGGCUGCUGGUUCUCGCGUCAAGCCAUUGGGCUUCCAUGGUUCUGACAGCAAUGGAAUGACCCAGAAUCGCGCAUCAUCCCAGCAUCCAACAGUUGUCUCGCGGCAUCAUUUCUUUUUUGGUACUUCUUGGUUGUCCUUUUCUGGCAUUUGCAUUCUCAUCUGGCAUCCGCGUACUUGUAUUGGCAUUGGCAUUUACUCGGGCGUCCGACGGCAGACUCAAAACAUUUGAAUACGUAACGAAAACACGCAUCUAAGCACCGGCCAUGUCCUCCAUGGCAUCAGCAACAGCGUCCGGGUCGACUGGCACCGAGCCACGCCACCAUCAGCGGUCCAAGUCUUCGGUUCUUCGCUCGUUUAUGGGCGGUGGUCACAAGCGAAACAAUUCGGACGGAGCGGGACUGCCAUCGGCUCCCCUUCUAACGCCAAUCGAGACCACACCCGCGUUCCACAUCUCGCAGCAAAGCCUUGCUCCAAGCAGAAGCAGCGGCGUCUUUCACGUCGGCUUCGACCCCGUAGCCGCAGCAGCUAUGGAACCAGAACGAUACGCACAUGCCCUAGGCGAGCUGCAGCAGAACAGACAAGACCGGUCACCGGAGAGACCGCGGGGACGCGACCGUGGCGAUCAGGCACCUCCGUCACCUACAAAGACUGGCUUCUCCAGUAUAUCGCUGAGAGCGUUCGGCGGGAAAAACAGGGACUCGAGCAAGCCGCCGAAGACCAGGGACAAUGGCAGCACCUCGCCCACGAAGCCCAAGAAAGCAAAGUCGGCAACCAACUUGGCGGCCCUGCUGCGGCCCAAGUCCAUGAAGAAUUUGAAACAGCUACUGAUGGACGACACCGAUGCCGCCAAGGAGAAGGACAAGGAGAAUCGGUCGCCGCCCAGCUUCCUGGGUAACGACAAUCACAUUCCCGUCGUCCCUCCCACGCCCAUCUACGCCCAGUUCGCCGCACAGAAUUCUGGGCCGCCUUCUCCGCGCCUCGAGUCGCCGGCUAUGUCCUUUAUCAGCAGGGAUUCAUCAGCGGACCGGACCGCAGCCUCAGCAACAUCCCUCCCAAAGAAACCACGUCCAAAGUCAUACCAGGCCUACAUGGCCCACCGAGACGAUGACACGAAGGGGUCGGCCGGCUCAGGCGGCAGUGACAGCCAUGACAAGCGGCUGACGUGGGGGAAGGGUGACACACCGGCUGCAGCAACUCGGCCGCCGAUGGGGCCUAGGAGCAAGUCGUCGACAUCGAGUGCCGUGGCGCCACCAGAGAUGCCCAUCAUCGACCCCAAGGACAUCGACAAGCACCUCGAGGCCAUGCUGGACCGCCGCAACAUCCCCGAAAACCAGCGAUACAAGAUGCGGAACCUGAGCGACACCAUCAAAUUAGAAUUCAUCCGGCAGGACUGGGCAGAGAUGCAGGCCAAGGUGGAGCGCCCCCCGUCGCACGACGGUAGCCCCCCACAGGGAAGCGGGACUGGCGUAGCAACGGGUCCCUCAGACCAGCCGGACCAUAGCAACAACAGUGGUAGUCCCACCAAAAAGGACAAGAAGAAGCAUGGCAGGGGUCUGAGCCUGACCAUCGUGCGAAGCGGCAACAAGUCAAACCCGUCAUCGCCCUCCAAAAAGAAGGGCGAUAGCAGCCUUGGCCGGCACUUCCGCACCAAGUCGAGCGAGAGUCUCGUUAGCGAACCAUCUUCGCCUUUCGCCUCCGGCUAUGCCAGCAGCUUCCUGGCCAAGGUAAAGGGUCAGCAGUUGCCUGGCGACUUUGUGGCAUACCUGCAAAAGGUGCAGCAGCCGGAGCUGGUCGAGGUCGGCAAGCUGCACAAGUUGAGGCUGCUGCUCCGCAACGAGACGGUCGCCUGGACAGACGAGUUUGUCCGCCAGGGCGGCAUGAAAGAAAUCGUGGAGCUGUUGCAUCGCAUCAUGGCCGUGGAGUGGAGGGAGGAGCACGAAGACGCGCUACUGCACGAGAACCUCCUCUGUCUCAAAGCCCUCUCCACCACCGACAUGGCCAUGCAGUACCUCCAUUCGAUUCACACCACGUUGUUCCCGGCCCUGCUGCACAUGAUCUUCGACCCGGAGAAGAAGGGCCCGAGCGAGUUCACGACCCGCAACAUCAUCACGUCAAUCCUCCUCACCUACAUCGAGGCCGCCACACCACAGGAGCGGGUUCCUCGAGCCCGGGCUGUCCUGGGCUUCUUGCGGGACCCUGAGCCGAAGGAGGAGGAGCGGCCGGUGGACUUUGUGCUGGAAAUGCGCCGCGAGCGGCCCUACCGUGUGUGGUGCAAGGAAGUAGUCAAUGUCACCAAGGAGGUCUUCUGGAUCUUCCUGCACAACCUCAAUAUCGUGGCCCUGCCAUCGGCCGAUAAGUCAUCAUCGCCGCCAUCCGCCAACCCCGACCAGCAAUCCAACCCCGAAACUCCAUCCACCACUCCCAGCGGCACCUCUGACCUAGCCAACACCACUACCAACAACGACCAAUUCGCCUACAUGCUCCGGCACUUCCCGCAGGAGCGCCCGCCCGUCCCAGCAGCGCCCUACGUCGGCGGCGUGGAAUGGGACGCGACAAACUACCUGGCCAGCCACCUCGACCUGCUCAACGCCAUCUUGGCGUGCACGGGACCGAGCGCCGCCGAGCGCAACGCCCUGCGCGUGCAGCUGCGCGUCUCCGGGUGGGAGCGCUGUCUCGGCGGCAGCCUGCGCCUGUGCAAGGAGAAGUUCUAUGGCGCCGUCCAUGACGGCCUGCGCACCUGGGUCGCUGCCGCCGCCGAAGAUGGCUGGGACGUCAGGGAUGUGCGGUACGGACCGCCGCCGCCGCCGUCGGCGGACGGUGGUGGUAAGAGUAGGAGCUCGAGUCCGGCGAAGAAGGCGGUCGGUGACGGGAAGGCGAAUGGGAGGAAGAAAGAGGAGGCUCCGCCUAGGAUUGAAAUGCCAAGGUUUGAUUUCGGCGGGCCUGUUGUUGGACUCGGGGUCGGGGGGGUUCCCGGGUCGGACGUUGCGACUAGGUCCAAUGAGCAGUGGUUGAGCUGAAUGGAGGGGCUUUCGGGGCAGGGGGUUGAUGGUGGGCAAACCGCACGCCUCGUCUCCCCUUCUUCUCUCCGGUUUGGGGGUUGUUGACGGACGCCUUAUCUGAUAUUAAGGUUGACAAUCUCCGAACAGGCCGCUGGGACCAUUUCUCCUAAAAAGUUGCUCGCUGGCUUAUUUACGUACGGCUUCGACUGGGUUAACCCUCUGCGUGGCCCUGUGACGAGUGGCGUCUCGAUUGGCCCCUACGCAAGCUCCUUCUCUUACCGCUGAUGGGGCACAAUUGAAAUUUCAGCUGUUGGUGGCGAAAACGAGCCGCAUGUUACCCC